CAUCAGGGACUGAAGUGUUGCUACAAGGACAACGGACUUCAAUCAAAGUCUGUCGAUCUCAGGACCACGGACAUGCAUUAGCUAAAGUUAUGUCCCUUGACCGGAAGUGUUGCUAUGACGUGUUUCAACGGGAGGUAAUUCCCAUAACCUGAAGAGCGGAAGGAAGAGGCAGACGACUGGAGAGAACAACGUAUGGCACUUGCUUGUGCAACAUACAUUUUAUUUUCUAGUCGUGAAGCAAUACUAACCACAGCUUCAUAUUUAGUUGGAUUUUGAGAGUCGUUCCUGUCAUAUACCGCGCAGAUCAAGUUUCGGGAACUAAAGGCUUUGACUGAACAAUGGCACAAGUGCUUUCCAAGAAACUGGUAUACAAGCAGUCCAGCAACUAUUCUAGCUGCCUGUUAUCAGAAGUGAACACAGCACAGCAGAUGCUAGCAGGACUGAUGAUAGCAUCAUGUAAUCCUACUGCUGACGACAUUCUACUGGAGGAGAAAGACAGACCAGAAUCUUUGGAUACAGAAAGUCCAGAAAGUGAAGAUCCCAGUCGCAGACAACAUGUUAUAUCAACACGCAUGUCAUGCAGUUACUGUUCGAGCAUUUUCUCCUCACGAAAUGAGCAGAAAUCCCAUUUCAAGUGUGAUUGGCAUCGUUACAACUUGAAACAGCAUUUGAGAGGAAGGAAGCCAAUCAGUGAAGAAGCUUUUGAAGAAAUGACAAGCGAUGUGUCAAGUAUAUCAGGUUCUGAAGACAGCUCAGAAUCGUCUAAAGAGAGUGGUGAUGAGGCAGUUACUUCUUCAGCAGUCCCUGUUAACCUGAAAAAGUUUACUUGUGACAAUUCAGACAGUGAGAGGGAAAGCAAAACUCAGGAAAACAGCAGCCUGGCAACCACCAGAAAGAUGCCUAAGCUGUUCAUGAAGAACAGCAAGGGACAACUUAUCUCCAUCUACCACUGCGUGCUUUAUCACAAAAAGAACCCACCAAGCACAGUGGCUGGGCUACUUAAAAUGGCACUUGAUGCAGUCACAUACUCACGUGUGGCUGUCAUAAUGUUGGCAGGAGGUCACUUUGCUGCAGCAGUUUUUGAUGGGAGCCAGGCAGUUAUGCACAAAACAUUCCAUCGAUAUGUAGUGCGAGCCAAACGGGGUACAGUUCAAAGUGUUCGUGAUAAUCAGGGAAGUGCCCCAAAGUCAGCAGGAGCUAGCCUGCGGCGGUACAAUGAAGCAGCUCUUGCACAGGAAAUCCAAGAACUCUUAAACUCUUGGUCCACCUUCUUGGGGGCUUGUCAUCUGAUCUUCCUGAAAGCUUCCACAUACAGUCGCCAUAUUUUCUUUGGUGGCAAGUCUCCUGCAUUGAGCAAAAGUGACCUGCGCAUUCGAACCAUUCCCUUCGCUACUGGCCGACCAACACACAAUGAGCUGAAAAGAGUUCACCACAUGCUUAUGUCUGUUGAAUGCUAUGGUGCAGAGGAUGAAAUAAAGGGUUUUCUGCCAAAAUCACCAUCUCGAUUUAUCAAUCCUGACAAUGGAUUGCUCGAAGCACGGCCCAUGUUGACACAAAAGCCUAGCUUUUCUCGCAAGAAGAAAUUAGAAGUGGCCACAGAGAAACCAAUCUCCAGUUCAGAUAAAGAACUUAAACAAACAGAAGACACUGGAAAUGAAGAUGAAGAGGAAUCUGCCACUGAGGUUGAGCUGGUUGAAAAAGUCAUGGAGAUGAACACUCAACAUCUUAUAGAGUUCGACAUCUGGGAUGGGAAACAGAACAAGAAAAACAAGAAGAAGAAGAAGAAAAAGGAAGUACCGAAAUCAUCCCAAGCUCCUUGUGAUAACCUGAGAAGCAGCAAAGCUGAGACAGACAAUGAAAGCCCUGAAUUACAGAAUAAACUGUAUACUGCCUGCAAGUCUGGGAACCAUGAACAGUUGGUACAGUUGUUGCAACAGCUUUAUCUUUUGGACAGAUCUCCAAAUAUUAAUUCUCAGUCAGAUCUGGGAAAGCAGAAAGAACUGGAGGAAAGAAGGAUUUCUACUGGCCAGAUUCUGGGAAGUGUUUCUGUUUCUUCUGGUGACCAAGUUCAAGAAAAUGUUCCUCCAUCUGAGGUCUCAGAUUUUAACCACAGCAAGGGUGGAGAUGGACAUUUGGUGGACUCACAGAAUGGUGAUUCAAGUGUGAAGAACAUGUUAUGUGGUGAAAAGACACCUAACAUCAGGAGAGAAGACAAGGUGGCUGCGCUAGAUGAGCUUUGUUUGUCCUCACAGUCUGAUCAACAACAAACAAAUGAUGGCAAUGGGAAGCAUGCAAGGUGUACAAGAUCUCUCACAAGAACUUUACAUCUUCUGAAUGGGAGAAUAGGAGGCCGCAAUUCUACCCUCCUGCACAUUGCCUCAGCAGCAGGACAUGCAGAGGUUGUGCAAACUCUACUUGAAACAGGCUGUGACCCUGUCAUCAAGGAUUCUGCAGGAAAAACUGCUUACUCCUUGGCAGAGAGCAAAGAAGUCAGAAAUGUCUUUCGUCGUUUUCGGGGAAAUCAUCCAGACCGGUAUAACUAUGAAGCUGCACAGAUUCCCAUUGCACUGACAACAGAUAUGGAAAUGGAGAGGAAACGGAAAGAAACCGAGAAAAAGAAAAUGCAAAAAAAAGCCAAACAGGAGCGCCUCAAGGAAAGAAAAGCAGAGGAAGCAAAGGCAGCAACCGAGCAGAAGGAGAAAGAGAGGUAUCUGGCACUCUCCGACAGAGAAAAGCGAGCUUUAGCAGCAGAAAGACGUUUACUUCAGCAAAGCGCUACUUCUGGGGCUGCUUCCCCUGUUCUCAGCCGGUGUUUUCAGUGUGGGACAGACAUCACUGGCAAAGUGCCCUUUGAAUACUGUGACUUUAAGUUUUGCACACCAAAAUGCCUGAAAGAUCACAGAGUAAACCAUUCAAAAUAAAUGUCAUCUUGUGAUCGACAUCUGC